ACAAUGCGCAUGCGCACACGUUCCGCGCAUGCGUGUUUGGGUGACAGUCACUUUUCACAGCGUCAACCAUUUUCAUGACACCGGAUGUUAAACCAUAAACACAGUAUACGGGGUGUCUUGGAUGUGAAUUAUUUCAUUUAGAGAGCACAGAUCAGCACCAUGUCUGGAGAUUUAGAUCUCUCGCCACCGGAAGUUCCUGAACCCACAUUUUUCGAGAGUGUUUUACGCUAUGGCCUCUUUCUUGGAGCAAUAUUCCAGCUCAUCUGCAUUUUAGCCAUCAUCAUACCCACCUCCAAGAGCCACGAACAGGAAGAGACUUCAGAGCCAGCUGAACCCAAAACCUCUGAGACGAGCAGAAAGCCCAAACCACCUGCACAGCAAAUUCGUCAAAAACUCAAAAAGGAGAGCAAGAAGAAAAGAUGAGACUGUCUGAGAAUGAGUGUGUGAGCAAAAUGGAAAGUUUGGUACUGUUUUAUGACCGAAAACACAACUGAAAGAAUUUUUCAUCUUUUCAUCAAACUAAACACUAAACCCAUCCUGCAACUGCUUUCGGUUUAUUUACUGCAGUAGAGCUACAACUCAGUCAUUUAUUCACCAGGUUACUAUCAUAAGGCUGGUGAUUAAAACUUUCAUUUGUAUUGAAAGAUUUUAAACCUUCAUUUUUUUUGUAAGUCUGUUGUAUCUGUUUAAUAAACUGGACUGUUUUGGACCA